AUGGACUACAGACAGAAGUGUGUGUCAGUGGACUACAGACAGAAUGGACUACAGACAGAAGUGUGUGUCAGUGGACUACAGACAGAAGUGUGUGUGACAGUGGACUACAGACAGAAGUGUGUGUCAGUGGACUACAGACAGAAGUGUGUGUCAGUGGACUACAGACAGAAGUGUGUGUCAGUGGACUACAGACAGAAGUGUGUGACAGUGGACUACAGACAGAAUGGACUACAGACAGAAGUGUGUGACAGUGGACUACAGACAGAAGUGUGUGUCAGUGGACUACAGACAGAAGUGUGUGACAGUGGACUACAGACAGAAGUGUGUGUGACAGUGGACUACAGACAGAAGUGUGUGUCAGUGGACUACAGACAGAAGUGUGUGACAGUGGACUACAGACAGAAGUGUGUGUCAGUGGACUACAGACAGAAGUGUGUGACAGUGGACUACAGACAGAAGUGUGUGACAGUGGACUACAGACAGAAGUGUGUGUCAGUGGACUACAGACAGAAGUGUGUGACAGUGGACUACAGACAGAAGUGUGUGUCAGUGGACUACAGACAGAAGUGUGUGACAGUGGACUACAGACAGAAUGGACUACAGACAGAAGUGUGUGUCAGUGGACUACAGACAGAAGUGUGUGUCAGUGGACUACAGACAGAAGUGUGUGACAGUGGACUACAGACAGAAGUGUGUGUGACAGUGGACUACAGACAGAAGUGUGUGUCAGUGGACUACAGACAGAAGUGUGUGACAGUGGACUACAGACAGAAGUGUGUGUCAGUGGACUACAGACAGAAUGGACUACAGACAGAAGUGUGUGUGACAGUGGACUACAGACAGAAGUGUGUGUCAGUGGACUACAGACAGAAGUGUGUGACAGUGGACUACAGACAGAAGUGUGUGUCAGUGGACUACAGACAGAAGUGUGUGACAGUGGACUACAGACAGAAGUGUGUGUCAGUGGACUACAGACAGAAGUGUGUGACAGUGGACUACAGACAGAAUGGACUACAGACAGAAGUGUGUGUGACAGUGGACUACAGACAGAAGUGUGUGACAGUGGACUACAGACAGAAGUGUGUGUCAGUGGACUACAGACAGAAGUGUGUGACAGUGGACUACAGACAGAAGUGUGUGUCAGUGGACUACAGACAGAAGUGUGUGUCAGUGGACUACAGACAGAAGUAUGUGACAGUGGACUACAUACAGAAGUGUGUGUCAGUGGACUACAGACAGAAGUGUGUGACAGUGGACUACAGACAGAAGUGUGUGACAGUGGACUACAGACAGAAGUGUGUGUCAGUGGACUACAGACAGAAGUGUGUGACAGUGGACUACAGACAGAAUGGAUUACAGACAGAAGUGUGUGACAGUGGACUACAGACCCUGCAGAAGUGUGUGUCAGUGGACUACAGACAGAAGUGUGUGUCAGUGGAUUACAGAGAGAAGUGUGUGUCAGUGGACUACAGACAGAAGUGUGUGACAGUGGACUACAGACAGAAGUGUGUGUCAGUGGACUACAGACAGAAGUGUGUGACAGUGGACUACAGACAGAAGUGUGUGACAGUGGACUACAGACAGAAGUGUGUGACAGUGGACUACAGACAGAAGUGUGUGUCAGUGGAUUACAGACAGAAGUGUGUGACAGUGGACUACAGACAGAAGUGUGUGUCAGUGGACUACAGACAGAAGUGUGUGACAGUGGACUACAGACAGACGUGUGUGUCAGUGGACUACAGACAGAAGUGUGUGUCAGUGGACUACAAACAGAAGUGUGUGUCAGUGGACUACAGACAGAAGUGUGUGACAGUGGACUACAGACAGACGUGUGUGUCAGUGGACUACAGACAGAAGUGUGUGUCAGUGGACUACAGACAGAAGUGUGUGUCAGUGGACUACAGACAGAAGUGUGUGUCAGUGGACUACAGACAGAAGUAUGUGACAGAAGUGUGUGACAGUGGACUACAGACAGAAGUGUGUGACAGUGGACUACAGACAGAAGUGUGUGUCAGUGGACUACAGACCCUGCAGAAGUGUGUAUCAGUGGACUACAGACAGAAGUGUGUGUCAGUGGACUACAGACAGAAUGGACUACAGACAGAAGUGUGUGUCAGUGGACUACAGACCCUGCAGAAGUGUGUGACAGUGGACUACAGCAGGGACGUGCGGUGA